AUGCUCCGUUCAUUAGCGACGCGCCUGCCGCGACGUGCGGCCGUCACAUCAUCGCCGCUCACAACAUCAGCGAUUCGCCCCUCUAGCCUCCCCUCGUCCCGCCGCACACUCGCAACCACUAUCGAAGCCAUCCCCAAAGAGCCGACAGAACUCGACGCCAUAACUACCCUCCCUAAUGGCCUGCGCGUUGCCUCCGAAGCCUUGCCGGGCUCCUUUUCCGGCGUCGGCGUCUACGUAGAUGCCGGCUCCCGGUACGAGGAUGCGGGCCUGCGAGGAGUUAGUCACAUUAUGGACAGAUUGGCCUUCAAAUCGACGGGGAGCCGCAGCGCCGACUCGAUGCUCGAACAGGUCGAGGCCCUCGGCGGCAACAUUCAGUGCGCGAGUUCCAGAGAAAGCAUGAUGUACCAAGCAGCGACCUUCAACGGCGCCGUGCCGACGACGAUUGGGCUGCUGGCCGAGACGAUCCGCGACCCGAAGCUCACCGAGGAGGAGGUGUUGGAACAGCUCGGCACGGCCGAGUACGAGAUCAAGGAGAUCUGGAGUAAGCCGGAGCUCAUCCUGCCGGAGCUUGUGCACACGGCCGCCUUUAAAGACAACACACUUGGCAACCCCCUGUUGUGCCCGGAGGAGCGUCUGGGUAGCAUAUCGAGGGAAACCAUCCAGCGUUACAGGGACCUUUUCUACCGCCCGGAGCGCAUUGCUGUCGCAUUUGCGGGCGUCGAGCACGAAGAGGCCGUGAAGCUUGCGCAGCAGUACUUUGGUGACAUGAAGGGCUCCUACCAAGAACCGACAAUCUCACGAACGGGCUCGGAGACGUCCAUAGGCUCCCAGGCCUCGGAGUUCACCGACGCAUCCUCCUCCUCCUCCGCCGCCGCCUCCGCCUCCCCCGUCCAACAACCCUCCAAACUCCUCUCCAAGGUCCCCUUCUUCAAGAAUCUCUCCACCUCGGCACCCAACAGCGCCUCCGUGCUGUCCACGACGCCAUCCUACAACAUCAACUCCCCCGCCCACUACACCGGCGGCUUCCUCUCCCUGCCCCCACAGCCCCCGUCCUUGAACCCCAACAUGCCGACCUUCACUCACAUUCACCUCGCCUUCGAGGGUCUCCCCAUCUCCUCGGAUGACAUAUACGCGCUGGCGACGCUGCAGACCCUCCUCGGUGGCGGUGGCUCCUUCUCCGCCGGCGGCCCCGGCAAGGGCAUGUACUCGCGCCUGUACACCAACGUUCUCAACCAGCACGGCUGGGUGGAGUCGUGCGUGGCCUUUAACCACUCGUACACGGACUCUGGACUCUUUGGCAUCUCGGCAAGCUGCAUCCCCGGUCGCACCGCCAGCAUGCUCGACGUCAUGUGCCGCGAGCUGCGCGCCCUCACCCUCGACACAGGCUUCUCGGCCCUCAAGGCGGGCGAGGUCGACCGCGCUAAGAACCAGCUGCGCUCGUCGCUGCUCAUGAACCUCGAGAGCCGCAUGGUCGAGCUCGAGGACCUGGGCCGCCAGGUCCAGGUCCAUGGGCGCAAGAUCCCAGUCACGGACAUGUGCCGCAAGAUCGAGGCGCUGACGGUCGAGGACCUGCGCCGCGUUGCGCGCAUCGUCGCCGGCGGCCUCGUGGAGAACGCGGGCAAGGGCAGCGGUGCGCCGACGGUCGUGUUGCAGGAGGCGCAGGCCCACGGCGUAAGCACGCACACGCUCGAGUGGGAGGCGAUCCAGAACACAAUUUACGACUGGCAGCUGGGUCGGAGAUGA